UCCCCGCUGUGAUUGGACAAAACACCACGUGGUCGUUUCGUCAGACCCGGAAGAAUGACAAGUGUUUAUUGUUGCUAGCCCGCAUUUAAGGUAUCUUAAUGCACAGUGGACACAAAGGUUGGCUGGACCAAAAUGGCAUCCUACUUUGAUGAACACGACUGUGAACCCACCAACCCCGAGGAACAGUACCGCCAGAAUGCACUACUUGAACUGGCCAGGUCUUUAAUGCAGGGUUUGGACUUGAUUGACUCAGGGGCAUUUGACCUUUCAGACUGGGACCAGCGGCUUCCUCCUCCAGCUGCCAAAACUGCGGUUCAGACCCUCUCUGUGGUCAUUAUUUCCCCGGAACAAGCAGACAAAGGUCUGAAGUGUCCUGUGUGUUUGCUGGAGUUUGAGGAGCAAGAGACGGUUCGAGAAAUGCCUUGUAAACACCUCUUCCACUCAGGAUGUAUACUGCCCUGGCUGGGCAAGACUAACUCCUGUCCACUGUGUCGACUUGAAUUACCAACUGACAAUCCAGAGUAUGAGGAGUUCAAAAAAGACAAGGAGAGAAGAAAACAGAGAGAGCACAGACUGGAGGACCUACAUGGAGCAAUGUACACAUGACAUGACGGUGCAAUUUUGUGGCACAGUGACAUUUUACACACAAAAAAAAAAGAAGAAAAAAAAGAAUUCAGGAAAUGCAUAAUGCUGCGUUCAUGUCAUAUCGUACAGAUUACAUUUUUGACACCUAUGUCACCCAACUGGCAAACACAAAAAACACCUAAUUCAGGCUUAAUUUCCAUGUAUCUGUUGUGACCAUAAGGCUGAUGGUGAUGUGAGUGACCAUCUUGUUCUUUCCAUUCGUUCGACAUGCCAUGAAUGCAGUAUAAGCAACGAGGUAACUGAAAAUAGAAAAUGCUUAUAUCAGAGUUGGAUAAAUGCUUUUUUCUCAUUAUUUAGUAUGAAUAUAGAUUUUAAGAUGAGCGUGCUGUGGACAGCAGUACUGAGUUUUGUCUCUUUAUUCCCUUUUUAUACAAAAUCGUGAGCUUUAAAUGCUGAAACAGUUUUUUGUUCAAUUCAUAUGAGAUAUUUAAAGAAAGGAAUAUAAUGAGUGAUACUGUGCUAUGCUUUUGUUCCAUAAAGAAAAAUAUUUAAAUGGGAAAGAAUGUUAUUUUAAAUCUCACUCGAGCUGUGUAAUAUUAGUAGUCUACACUUUCAUAAUGUCAAUGGACUCAUAACCGACAGAUUAAGAGAUAUGUUUUAAAAAAUCUAAGUGGGAGAAGCAUCCUGACUUUAAGUCCUGAGUAGGGGUCAAGCUUCAAAAAUACCGGAUCCUACAAUUACUAUAAUAAUAAUCCUAUGAAACCAAGAGCUUUUCAUUAGACCUGAAGUGAAAUAAAUAGGGUUACUUUCUCAGACUUGACAGACCUCCAUUAUAGGCACAUAAUACAUUAUACCUCUUACUUCCCAGCAGUACUAGUCGUCCUCAUGAGAGUAAACUGUCAUGUGUAAAAUUUGUGGAGUUUCCCUUUAAUUCGUCUCAUGAUUUCUUUUUUGAUGUCUGCAAAGGGACCCCCUCCCCUCUGGCCUAGGCUGAGGAACAAUUAGUAACAUAACCAGUACAAUCUGAACUGGUUGCGAUGCUACAUCACAUGACGGCAGACGGCCCCCUCAUAUAACUCACUGUACUGUUUCCACACUGGAGCAAUAAUGUGGGGAAAUCCAGAGUUUGUUGUUGUGAGGGAGUAAGUCAACACUCAAUAUUGGAACCAUCCAUGUUUUGAAAUGACUCAGCUUGGGUGUGAUUUUAAACAGCAGUACAUUUCUAUGUUGUUUCUUUAUUUUAUCUGCUUUGCGAAAAGUUGUUUCAGUUUGUCUAUGCAAAUAAACAGAGCAGCUUUUUAUAUAAAACAACCCAAAGACUGUAUUAACCAUAGCCUCAAUUGUUUG